AGCGCCGAGCCCAAGAAUGACGAAGGCAGAGCGCGCCGCCACUGCCGCCAUGAAUAGUGUAGGGGAGGCAUGCACCGACAUGAAGCGCGAGUACGACCAGUGCUUCAAUCGCUGGUUUGCCGAGAAGUUCCUAAAGGGGGACGGCUCCGGGGACCCGUGCACAGACCUCUUCAAGCGCUACCAGCAGUGUGUUCAGAAAGCAAUAAAAGAGAAAGAGAUUCCCAUCGAAGGACUGGAGUUUAUGGGCCGUGGCAAAGAAAAGCCUGAAAAUUCUUCUUGACCUUGACAGUCACCUUGAAACGGACUCCUCAAAUCAGGAAAUUGAGGACUCUGGAUUUUGUCUGUGAAAAUGGCCAUCAAUUUGAUAAGGAGUUUAGGAGGGAGGAGUUUUCCUUCCUUGAUGCUUUCCUCUCACCUGUAAAAGAUGAACCAUCGCUCUUUUCUUUGAGAUGAUUUCUCACUUUCUCUGCAUCUUGCAGGAACCCAAUGUGCUAAAAUAGAAUGACUUGGGGGAUUAUGAUUGCAAUACUUGGUCUAAGAUCAGCUUUAAAUACAUAAAUACUGGUAAACUUGUUAGAAUGAUCAGGGUUGCCUGACCUCCUGAGUUAUGCUGCAAAGGACAUUAGAUACACUGUACUGAGGUUAAUCAUGGAAGAAAUGGGUUAGGACUUCCCUUUUCUCUCAGGGAGCUAAUGCUCUGAAAAGGGAUCCCAGCACAAGUUUUAUUCAAUGCUUGGAAGCAGUUUUAUUUUUAUCAUAGUAACUUAACUAUUAAAAUUGCUGGUGGACUGAGUUAGCCAAGUGAUCACUUUGACAGUUCCCUGCCUUAACAAGAUGUUUUAAGAUCUCACGUAAGAUUAUAAAAGCUUUAAGAAUGCUGCAGUGAACUCCAAUUCAGAGCUCACAGUGAAGUUCAGGAAUCGAGAUCCCUGGAGUAAUUUUGGAAGAUCCUAAAUUGCAGAGAUCUGCUGUUGCGGCUUUCAACCCGUCAGUGAAUUAAAGUCAACUGGUAUUAUAAAAAUGGCAAAAUGCUACAUCUGAUUAAAUGAGGGGAGAAAAGAGUUUGCUUUAUUUGCCUUGAUUAUCCACCCUGCCCUAUAAUGUAUGUAAUCAUGAAGAUGGAAUAAAUCAUAACAUUUA